AUGGCGAACAUUGUCGACACAACAGCCACCGCAGCUCCCGCUCCUCAUUCCACCGCGCCCUUACCAUCGAUCAGUGACAAAGAUCGCCUGGCAUCUCUCAUUGCUCAAGCCACCGCCAAAUACGCCAUCAAAGACUAUCUUCCAGCUGCCGAAUACUACUCACAAGCCACUGAAUUGCAAGCUGAACUCAAUGGCGAGAUGGCAGUGGAAAACGCCGACCUCCUCUACAGCUAUGGGAAAUGCUUGUAUUUUGUCGCUGUGAAAAAUAGUGACGUUCUCGGUGGGGAGGCUGCUGGUGCGAAACUGGGCAGUGCAAAGCCUGUCCAGGAAAAGAAGGGAAAGAAGAUCACAAAUGGCCAUCCGGCCACUGCGAAGUCGGGUGCUCUAUCCCCUACUGAUGGAGAACAGAGACAAGCAGAAGAAGUUGUAGCCGCGUUGGUGGAAGAGAAGGCAGGCGACGAGGCGGCGGACGAAAAAGAGGCUGACGAAAGUGGUGUGGAGAAACCGUUGUUUCAGUUUACAGGUGAUGAGAACUGGGACGACUCAGACGAGGAUGAGGAUGGCGAUGGUGCAACAGGAGACGAUGGCGCAGGAGCAGCAGAAGAAGAAGAAGACGACGACGAUUUUGCGAAUGCGUUUGAAGUCCUCGAUCUAGCCAGAGUUCUCUUCCAGUCAAGACUUCAACAAUUACAAGAUCAAGCAUCAGCUGCUGCGGACAAGGCCAGAUCAAUAGCUUCCAGCCAAGAUCCUCCUGAAGAGAGAACGGUGAAAGAGCGAAUAGCCGACAUCCACGACCUCCAAGCAGAAAUUGCGCUGGAGGGCGAGCGGUUCUCGAACGCCGUUGUCGACCUCAAAGGCGCCCUGGCUCUGAAAGAGGAAUUAUAUCCUAGAGAAAGCCCCGUGCUCGCAGAAUGUCACUACAAGUUAUCACUGGCCCUCGAGUUCUCAUCAGUGACCCAAAAGCGGGACAAGGACGGCAAUCCAGAAGGGGAAGCAAAAGUGGAUCAGGAGGCGCGUGAUGAAGCCGCCACACAGAUGCACAAAGCGAUUGAGAGCUGCAAGCUACGGGUGGUUAAAGAGGAGCAGGACUUGGCGGCCCUAGAAGGGGAAGAGAUGGCACCCAAAAGAGAGAAGCUCAAGCUUGAUAUCGAGGACGUGAAAGAGAUGAUAGGAGACAUGCAACUAAGGCUUGUCGAGCUCAAAAAACCACCGGUAUCCAUCAACGACCCGAAAGGCACGGGUACGUUGGACGGGUCGACGCCGCUGAAUGGUAUUCUAGGUCAGAUCUUGGGUGAAUCAAAAGACGAGCAGAAGAAACGGUUAGAACAAGCAAGCCUGAGCGCCAAAGACCUGACUGGGUUGGUCAAGCGAAAGAAGGCCAAGUCACCAGCAGCAGACGAAAAGUCGAUUCCAAGCAAAACAACCACCGACGGGCGUGCCACCAAUAGUGGCAAGAGGAAAGCCGAUGAUUUCGUGGACGAGACCGAGGAAAUGGGACUGGGUAAGAAGGCGCGCGUAGACGAAGCUGCUGCAGAUGCAUGA